CAUUCACACCACCACGCGUUAUCUGACGCAGGUUUUCCUGAUUCUUUGCCUGCAGCCUCGGGUGUGAAAGCCAACAAACUCUUCAACCGCGCGAGGGACACACACGUAAACAUUAGAGCGAGAAGCGUUGGACUCGAGCAUAUAUAUGGCAACGGACUGGUGGCCACUGCACAGACCGCCCUUCGUUUUCCUCAGGGCCGUGACAGCCACGCCUUGACAUUAAGCUAGCUGCUGCUUUGUUGUUGUUGUUGCUGCUGCUAGCUACACCUCCCCUCUCCCAUCUUCUCCACCAAACCCCCAAGAUCAAGAGAGCCAGAGCACACUUACUUUUGCAGUGGCUAUAUAUAACAAGGGUCGUCGAUCGGUGAUCUUCAGGAUCCAUGGGGCCGCGGACUUGUGCGGCCAUGGAAGGUGAGGCCGUCGGCGGCUCGCCUUUCUUCCAGUGGCUCAAGCCGCGGCGAUCGUCGUCGCCAUCGUCUUCGCGGUCGUCGUCUGGCUCCUCCUCCUCGUCGUCGUCGACCACGAUGGCGGCGUCGGCUGGGCAUCAUGUACUAGCAGCGCUUGGUGAAGAGGGACAAUCAGCAGCCGGUGGAGUUGUGCAGGAAGCAGUGAGGCCGAGCAGCAUGACGUGCCUGCCGCUGCUCAGCAGGCUCGGUGAGGGGAAAGGGGCCAGUGACGAUCACGAGCAGCAGUGCACAGUCAAAGAAGAGAUCAUGAGCGGCGGCGGAGACGGCGGUGCGACCAGCGAUCUGGCCAAGUCCGGCGUCGAUUUGAACAUCGGCUUGCCGGUUGGUGGAUCCUGCAGCAUUGAGGAUGCCAUCAUGGAAGAAAAGGGUGACGAGGAGGAGGAAGACGACGAAGUGGAUCAGGAGGCGGGUGAGGACGAGAGCGAGGAGUGGAAGCAUAUGCAUGGCGGCUGCAAGGUGGAGGGGAUGGAUCUGCAGCAGGAGGAUGACGAUCGGGAAGUGGUGCCGUCGUCGGUGGACGGCCGAUCAAACAACAUCGUCGUCGGCGUGGGGGAAUUCGGCGUGGUGGGUGAGGAGAGCGGCCUGCCGAUCGCCGGCUGCCAGUACUGGAUCCCGACGCCGGCGCAGAUCCUCAUCGGGCCGGUGCAGUUUAUCUGCCAUGUCUGUAACAAGACCUUCAACAGAUACAACAACAUGCAGAUGCACAUGUGGGGCCACGGCCGCGAGUACCGCAAGGGCCCGGAGUCGCUCAAGGGGACGCAGACGCUGGCGCUGCUGAAGCUGCCGUGCUACUGCUGCGCGGCGGGGUGCAAGAACAACGUGGCGCACCCGCGCGCGCGGCCGCUCAAGGACUUCCGAACCCUGCAGACGCACUACAAGCGCAAGCACGGCGCCAAGCCCUUCCGCUGCCGCCGCUGCGCCAAGCCCUUCGCCGUCAAGGGCGACUGGCGCACGCACGAGAAGAACUGCGGCAAGCGAUGGUUCUGCGCCUGCGGCUCCGACUUCAAGCACAAGCGAUCCCUCAACGACCACGUCCGAUCCUUCGGCGCCGACCACGGCCCCGUCGACGAGCCCGCCGCCGCCGCCGGAGCAAAGGAUCGCAUCGUACGUUUCCACAAUCGGUGAUCGAUCGAGGUCGUCGUCUGUCGGCUGCUAGUGCUACUAGAUAGAAGAGGUAUCUAUCUCCCCAUAAGAUAAUUAAGAUGGUCAGCUGAUGCAGGUUUCUUCGUACGUACUGUAGUUGCGAAAGAACCAUGCAACCAGCUAGUACUCCAUGCAGAUCGAGGACGAGAUCAAGGUAACUAGUUAAGAACAAGUACGUAUAGUAGUAUUUCCUUGGAUAUAUCAGGGCCAAGAGCAAUUAAUGAUGUAUCCAAGGAAUCAAUUGAAAGCAAAAGUAUGGAGUAUAGUUCAAUAAGAUGGCUCAUGCCAGAUUAAGCUGUGAAGUAGCUGAAUUUUCUUCUGCUGGAAUCAUGGGCUGUUGCAGCAGGCUUCAUAACACGGCCUCUGCCCAUGUAACCUUGUAAUGGAGAAAAUUUUGCAGCUUCAUAGGCUAAUUAAAAUUAGUCCGCAAUCUAAUAUGCAAAUGUACGAGAUGAGGAUACUGGAUACUGAGGCAUUGUUAAUUGUUAACUGGCGUAUAUUGUUCGACUGGUUAUUUUUAUUGGCAAUAAUGAUUCUUCUUGCUUAA